AGUUGUCAUUGAAGAACACAGAGGGCACAGAUUGGUCUACGAAUUCCUCAACUCCCCUAUCGCUGCAUUUAGCUUCUCUCCACUACUGAAACAUCUCCCAUCCAGUUCACCACUGACUCACUGUUCACCAACAUCUCAGGAACCAGUGCAGGAACCAUGGAGAACGUGGCAAUAUUUGACUCACCUGGAAAGGGGAGGGGUCUGAAGGCUUCCAAGGAGUUUUGGGCUGGAGACGUAAUUUUUUCUGAGCCCAGUAUCGCAGCUGUUGUGUUUGACAGUCUAGCAGAACGUAUUUGCCACAGCUGUUUCCGCACACAAGACAAGCUACAGCGGUGCGGCCAGUGCAAAUUUGCUCAUUAUUGUGACCGGACUUGCCAGCGUGCCGGCUGGGCUGAACACAAGCAAGAAUGUGCGUCCAUCAAAAGUUAUGGCAAAGUACCAAACGAGAACAUUCGUUUGGUGGCCCGCAUCCUGUGGCGCCUCGACAAAGAGGGGAGCAUGAUGUCUGACAUGCAGAUAGUAACACUGGAGGAGCUGGAGGAUCACAUUUCUGACAUGCAAGAGGACGAGUUGAAGGACUUCAAAGUGGACAUUCACAACUACCUGGACUACUGGCCCCGUACCAGCAAGCAGCACACGAUUGAUGACAUUUCACACAUUUUUGGAGUGAUUAACUGUAAUGGUUUCACUGUGAGUGACCAGAAGGGCCUUCAGGCAGUGGGAGUUGGUCUUUUCCCAAAUUUGUGCAUGGUGAACCACAACUGCUGGCCAAACUGCACCGUGAUCCUUAACCACGGCAAUCAAUCGGCUGUGAAUACUAUGUUUCAUUCUCAACGGAGGAUUGAGCUGCGUUCCCUAGGUAAGAUCGAAGAGGGAGAGGAGCUGACAGUCUCAUACGUAGACUUCAUGAAUUUGUCAGAGGAGAGACGAAGGCUGCUGAAAACACAAUACUUCUUCGACUGCACAUGUGAGCACUGCAACAACCACAUCAAAGAUGACUUGAAGAUGGGGGGAAGGGAAGUGGACGGAGUCAAGCCUACAGAGGAGCAAGUGAAAGAGGCAACAGAUUAUUGCUUUGAAAUGAUGGAUAAGAUGGACAAGGCUCGACUAAAUGGCAACUACCAUGAGGUGGUAAAAAUUAGCAAGGAGUGCCUGGAGAAGACAGAGCCAGUUUUGUCUGACACUCACAUCUACCAGUUGAGGAUGUGGAGCACACUAAGUGAGGUGCAAGCCUACCUGCAGUACUUUGAUGAUGCUGCAGACUAUUCCCGCAAAAUGGUGGAGGGAUACAUGAAACUGUACCACCCGAACAAUGCUGCUCUCGGCAUGGCUGCCAUGCGAGCAGGUGUAACUCACUGGCAAGCUGGAGAGAUAGAGAUUGGCCAUGGGAUGGUCUGCAAGGCCUAUGCAAUUCUCAUGAUCACCCAUGGACCCCUACAUCCCAUCACCAAGGACCUGGAGGCGAUGCGUAUGCAGACAGAGAUGGAGCUGAGGAUGUUCAAGCAGAACGAGUACGUUUACCACAGUAUGAGAGAGGCAGCUCUGAAGAACAAACCAAUGGCCAUGAUGCAUGAACCCAGGUCUGUGGAGGAGGGAAUCAAGAAUCUCUUCCACCGGAAGAAGUAAACAGAUCAAGAAACAUCCCAUUGUUUACCGUUUGAGUGUCGUGUGUGAGCAAACACAUUUAGUCAGGUGAUAAUUUGGUUUCUCGCUUUUGUAGUUACUUUUCAUUAAAAAGAUAUCA